AGAGUUACCUCCCAUGAAUUGACAAUGUCGCCAAGGACGCCAUGUGCCCCUUCCGUGUUCCGUGUUCUGCAGGUAUCCGAGAAUGCGAUUCUGUUGAGACCAGUUGUUUUAUUUUACCAAUGAUGUCUCCAUUAAUAUGCAUGUAAGAAUCUUCGAACAGAAGUGAUGAUGAAAAUUCAAAGAUGCAUCACUUUUGGGACAAUUUCAAGUCAAACACACCUGCUAUAAGAUGAUAUAUUGUAUUUGAAUUUGUCAGAAUGAAAUGCAAAAUAUUAAGCAGUAAAUGAUUUGCAUCACAGUCAUACUGAACGGAAAGCUCAUCUAAAAUCUUACUAUGAUGGCCGAAGGAGCAUCAGAGAAAUCAUCCAUCACUGUGGAAGAUGUACAAGACAAGAUACUGGAUAGUGAUGGCGAGGCUAUCAGUCAGAUUCAUCAUUCUGCCUUAAGGAAUGGACUUUCUACUUUUCUCCAUGAGGGUCAGUUCUGUGAUGUGACGCUGGUGACCAAACAUCAGCGAUUUCCAUGCCACAGGAUUAUCCUUAGCACUUUUUCUUCAUUCUUUAAAUCUAUGUUCACGAUUGGAAUGAAAGAAAGUGAGCAAGAGGAAAUCAAGUUGGAUGUUUUUGAAGAUAACCUCAUCAGAAAAAUGCUCCAUUUUGUCUACAAUGGCAAAGUGACAAGUGUAAGCGACACAUUUGAUUUGUUACCAUUGGCAGUAUAUUUCCAGAUUGAGUCCUUGCAGGCGAUUUGUGAAGAAACAUUAAGCAAAGCAGUUAGUCUUGAUAAUGUGUGCAAUUUAUGGAAAACAUCAGUGGAAGAUUUUCCUCAGCUUACAAAGCUACAGAACACAUGUCAAAGAUAUGUCCUUCAAAACUUUUGUAAGUUUACAAAAACAUCAGACUUUCUUGAACUCAAAAGCCAAGACUUGAUAUUCCUCAUUUCUCAUCAAAACUUACAUGCAAGUUCAGAAGAAUUUGUUUGUUCAGCUGUGACUAAUUGGUUUCAACACAAUCUAACUAAAAGAAAGGAAUUUUUGUUUGAAGUUUUCUGCCAUGUUCAUUUCCCUUUGUUGAGAAUGCAAUUCAUUGAGGAAUCUUUUCCUUUCUUAAAGGAAACAGCAUUACAAAGUAUAAUGAAUGAAACCAGAUUAUUUUCAGAAAAUCCUGGCAUUCAAGCUAAUUUUGACUCUGUGCGAUGCGACUUCAGACCCUGUUAUGAACGUGAAAGAGUGCUCGUAGUAUUAGGUUAUUUUGAGAAUUAUUCGCACAGCGAGGAAUUUUGGUGUUAUCAUUAUGGGGAUAAGACAUGGCAAUUACUCAUUCCUCCAGAACAGCAAACAGCAGGCUACCAGACCUGUACUUACACUCAAUCACGUCUGCUCCUGACUGGAGGAAAUGACUUUCUGCAGUACGACGGCACAAAGAAUAACUGGACUCCACUACCCUGUUUGGACGAGGCAAGGCAACACCAUUGUAUGGCAGUAGUGAGGGAGAAUGUGUAUGUUCUUGGUGGAUAUCGAGAGGAAGACUCCUGGGGGAGCAACAGUAGCAUGGAUACGACAAGGUCUGUUUUGAUGUUUGCUUUCUCCUCUGGUGUAGAUGGCGACUGGAUAGAAUGUGGUUUUCUGUGUUUCCCCGUCGCCAAGGCAGCAGUGGCCGUUUCGGACAAAAACAUUUACCUCUUCAGUGGCAUCUGUUAUGAAGAUCCAAACAGUAUAUAUGACUUUGUACAGUGUUUUGAUACAAAUACAAACCAAUGUACAGUAAUAGAAACUGUCCUACCACUUGGGCAAAUAGGACAAAGUUUUAACUGGUUGCAUGCAUAUGGAUAUGGAGACAACAUAUACCUAACAAAUGCCCGAAAAGUAUGGAGAUUUUACGGUGAGAGCGGAGAGAAUGGUGGGAGGUAUCUUGAGGAAAUACACACCUUUGAGAGAGAAGGAUGUCUAGCAGGAUUUAUAUCUAGAGCACAGUCUCUGUAUUUCCUGGGAACGAUGGUUAGGGAUUCCGACUCGGUGAAUUCCGUUCUUACCAAAGGUAUAGCAGAGUUGAAACUCUCCACGAAGGAGGUAGAAACUCUUGUGGACAAAGCUUUGUUCCUACCAAGUAGCUGUCAAUGUCACAACCUCACAAUCUCUAAAAACAUCAUUGACAGUAGACAGUCCAGUUUCUUAUGGUGAUCAAUGAUAAUCAACAUAUUCCUGUCCUCAAAGAUAAACCUUGGAUCAUCCAUAAAUCAAACAGUUUUCUUAGCAUAAUAUUGUUUCUUAUUUCUCAUUGUAAAAUAUUAAGAUUUGAAACUGUUUUACCUAAAUUUGAAAAUAACAUUUUAAAUCAAGAGUUUUUUUUGUAAAUUUUUGAUUUUGGUACAUAUAUGUAUAUGUAAUGUACCAGGUAAUUUAAUGUCAAAGACUCUUUUCAUGUCUUUUCUGGAAAAAAUAAAUAUUAACUCUGAGGAUAUGACACGUGUAUCUUUAUGAUAUAGUCCUCUAACUAGGGGAAAAAAUGGUGGAGAGUUUAUCAAAUUAUUGAUUAGCACUAAUUGGUGAAUAGAUCAAUUAUUGGAAUUGGAAUUCCAUGCGAAAAUAAAGAUACAAUGAAACUA